AAUAAUGAUAUUGUUUGACAGGGACACAGUGGUGGCGUUUGUGGACUACGCUCGGCUGUGCUACAGAGAGCUGGGUCCCCAUGUGAAGAUGUGGAUCACCUUGAACGAGCCCAACGAUGAAGAUGACGUGUCUCCGAUGGAGGGCCACCAGCUGCUGAGGGCACACGCCCUGGCGUGGCACGCCUACGACCAGGAGUACAGACACACACAGGGGGGACAGGUUUCCUUGGCUCUUCACAUGGACUGGGUGGAACCGGCGUUCUCCUUCAGCCGCGAGGACGUGGAACCAGCCAACAGGGUUCUCGACUGUCGUGUGGGCUGGUUCUCAGAACCCAUCUUUGGCGGUGGAGAUUACCCGCCUCGCAUGAGGAACUGGUUCCAUCAGAGACACUCCCUUGACCUGUUCCAUUACCACCUGCCGUUGUUCAGUGAUGAGGACAGACAGCUGGUGAGGGGGACGACGACUUCUUCGCCAUCAGUCAUUUCAGCACUCAGCUCGUGACCCCCCACCAUUGAAGAAAACAAACUGCCCUCCAGGUUGGGGGUGCAGUACAUGGGAGACAUCACCUGGAUCAGGUCCCCUCGGCCCAAUGCCCCCGUAGUGCCCUGGGGCCUCAGGAAGGCCCUCAACUGGGUGGAGGAGCGCUACGCUGGCGUGGCGGUCUAUGUGGUAGCCAAUGGGGUGCAGGAAGACCCGGCCCGCUUCGACGACAGUCUGAGAGUCUACUACCUGUACAGCUACAUCAACGAAGCUCUUAAAGCCUACAUCCUAGACGGAGUGAAUCUGAAGGGUUACUUCGCCUACUCCCUGAACGACCAGAGAGACCCAGGCUUCGGCUUGUACGGUCAUGUCCAAGAUGAGGAAAUCCUCAAAACAUCUCUGUCCCAGUAUCAGAACAUUAUCCGGCACAACGGCUUCCCUCUCCAGGGGACACUUACCUCGGCCCCGCAGUGCCCCAGUCAGCCUCUACCCUGCUCGGGGUGUCUGGUCCUGACCAAGAGACCUGUGGUGGGCUUCCUGUCUCUGGUGGGGUCCGCGGUCCUGGUCACCCUUGGGCUGAUUAUAUACUACGCUGCCAAGAGACACAGGGGCCGAGGUACAAAUGGCACCAUAUUCUCUAAAAUAUAGGGCCCUGGUCUAAAGUAGUGCACUAUAAUAGGGAAUAGGGUUCCAUAGGGCUCUGGUCUAUAGUAGUGCACUAUAUAGGGAAUAGGGUGCCAUAGGGCUCUCAUCUAAAGUAGUGCACUAUAUAGGGAAUAGGGUUCCAUAGGGCUCUGGUCUAUAGUAGUGCACUAUAUAGGGAAUAGGGUGCCAUAGGGCUCUCAUCUAAAGUAGUGCACUAUAUUGGGAAUAGGGUGCCAUUUGGGAUCACGUGGUGAUGAAAAUUAAGUGUAUUUCUGAAGCGUGUGUUAUAGGUAGUCCUCCGGGUUCGAGUCACUUGACCUUUAACCCUUCAAUGUCUGCUGAUCUGAAGGAAUCGGGAAAAAGGUAGAAGCAAUAUGUCAGAAUUAUCCACCAUGUCAGCACUAGAUCUCUGACACCUAUCCAGUUCCUCGAGAUCUGUAAAACAAAGUGGUGAGCUUAUUGUACCCAUGUGGGGCCACAUAACUGGAGCCCUUUAGACGGUUUACGACACUGUGCAGCGAAUGAAGUUGAUGAAUGUAGUUGAUUUAGUUGAUGUGGUGUGUCUUUGUGUUCAUAGAACUGUAUGUUCGUUUAUUUCCACGUCUUUUUUUAUGAAACUCAACCAGCAGCGUUUGUUUCAUGUAUUUCAGUCUGAAGAUAAAGUAUUGUUCUUUAAAAAACAAUUGUCUUUUUAUUUAUUUUUUUAAAUGAACUUGUUUGACGUGGUAUCAUAACGAAUUAUCUCGUGUAGAUUAUUUUUCCUACACUCUUUAAAUUAAUUGAAUCUUUGUAUUAAACUGUGUGUUUAUAAUACGUCACACUGUACCAGAUAACCUUGAUGUCUAAAAAACAAAACAACUAUCGAGUGAAAGCAAGUCUCCCUUUGACCAAUAACUCUUAGUCCCCUUUGACCAAUAACUCUUAGUCCCCUUUGACCAAUAACUCUUUAGUCCCCUUUGACCAAUAACUCUUAGUCCCCUUUGACCAAUAACUCUUAGUCCCCUUUGACCAAUAACUCUUAGUCCCCUUUGACCAAUAACUCUUAGUCCCCUUUGACCAAUAACUCUUAGUCCCCUUUGACCAAUAACUCUUAGUCCCCUUUGACCAAUAACUCUUUAGUCCCCUUUGACCAAUAACUCUUAGUCCCCUUUGACCAAUAACUCUUAGUCCCCUUUGACCAAUAACUCUUUAGUCCCCUUUGACCAAUAACUCUUUAGUCCCCUUUGACCAAUAACUCUUAGUCCCCUUUGACCAAUAACUCUUUAGUCCCCUUUGACCAAUAACUCUUUAGUCCCCUUUGACCAAUAACUCUUUAGGCCCCUUUGACCAAUAACUCUUAGUCCCCUUUGACCAAUAACUCUUUAGGCCCCUUUGACCAAUAACUCUUUAGGCCCCUUUGACCAAUAACUCUUAGUCCCCUUUGACCAAUAACUCUUUCGUCCCCUUUGACCAAUAACUCUUUCGUCCCCUUUGACCAAUAACUCUUAGUCCCCUUUGACCAAUAACUCUUAGUCCCCUUUGACCAAUAACUCUUAGUCCCCUUUGACCAAUAACUCUUAGUCCCCUUUGACCAAUAACUCUUAGUCCCCUUUGACCAAUAACUCUUUAGUCCCCUUUGACCAAUAACUCUUAGUCCCCUUUGACCAAUACCUUUACUACCGCAGGGCCUGUUGUGAAGUAGGCAAAGCAUUUAUCCCAAAUGGCUCCUAUUCCCUAAAUAUUGUGCUUUUAGGGCUGGGACGAUAUCGCAAUACUCAUUAGUAUCUUGGCAAGGAAACGAAACACGAACCAGAUUUAACUAAAUUGUAGCCGAUGUGAAAAGGCCUAGCUAGUUAGCGCUAGUGGCGUUUCAAUCGGGGACGUCACUUGCACGGGCCGCGGCUUUUGUGGGUGACGACGCAUCGAGGGUGACUGUUGUCUGUGUGCAGAGCGUCCCUGGUUCGCGCCCAGGUCGGGGCGAGGGGACGGACGUAACGUCUAUACUGUUACAUAAAACAGCCCUGUUUUAAACAAGCAUGUGAUCCAAGAGGCACAUUUAUUUAUUUAACAAACGGGAGGUUUUUAAAACGGAACAAAUUGUUCGGAUUGCUUCAUGUUUACAUUUUUUGUUUGUUGCCAUGGACAACAUAUCGCGAUACCGGUAUCAUCCCGGCCCUAAGAUUCACUACUUUUGACCAGAGCCCUCUGUCUCCGAUGGAUCGUUCAUUUAUUGCCAAAAUGCAAUGAAGGGACACAGUAUAGAUGAAUUCUCAGUCAUCAAAUUAAUAUUAACAGUACUCCCACAACAAUUAUUCAUAGAUCUUCUGUAUAAUAUUAUACUAACAAAAAAAAAUAGGGUGCACUGACAUCGGAGUAGAUAGCCAGAGUGAAUUUACAAAAUGCACCAUAAAUGUCUACAAAAAAAAGGUUAUUGUGAUCAUAU